AUAUCUUGUUAACCACGAGAGUUUGUUUCCUCACUGAUGCGACUGCGAGGGAAAUAUGUCUAAACGUACAGCCCCUGCUGCAAAACCAGCAGUUUCUAAAAAGUUACAAAAUACGCAAUUAACUGCCAAGCUUCGAGCAGAGCAAUAUCCAAACGAUUAUUAUGCAUCUGGCCAACAACUUUUCUGCAAAUUCUGUCAGCAUACAAUUGACUGGAGCCGAAAGGACACUUGUAACGAUCAUUUGAAAUCCAAGGUUCAUCUGAAGAACAAAGCAAAAUCAAGCGGGAGAGCCCUCCAAGUGUCACUGGACGUAGCAACCAAGUCACAGGAUGACAGACGGGAAUUCGUGGAAGAUUUCGUGGCUGUGUGAAGAGGCCGAUAUACCUUUAGAAAAAAUGAGGAAGAUACGCCUCUUUCUAGUCAAGCACUGCAAACAGGGAGGUGCGCUGCCUGAGAAUCCAAGCAGUCUUAGACAGAUCCAUCUACAGCGGGUGUUCAACGAGCACAUGCAGACAGUGCUACAAGAGAUCCGUGAUAAGAAGCUCUUUGUUGUUGUUGACAAAACGUCAGAUAACCGAGACCGCAGUGUCCUCAACAUUGUCAUAGGUACUGAAGGCAAAUACUAUCUGACGGAUGUCAUCUUCAUGGACAGCUGCAACUUUUCAACAUUAUCACAGGCACUACUACAGUCACUUCACAGCAGUCAGAUAAAUUUGAAUGAUGUACUGGCAGUAGUCACUGAUAAUGCAUCAUACUGCCUAAAGGCCUACAAAGAAGUACUGAAAGGAGUAAUGCCAAACAGCGUACAUGCAACCUGCUUGUGUCACGUCAUCAAUUUGGUAGGAGAAACCUGGCAACACUACAGCUACUUCAGUGACGUUACAAGUCUGGUGAUGUGGAUCAAAUCUGCCUUCUUCAAAAAGCCUGCAAGGAAAAGAAGGUGGUUGCACUUUUUGUCUGCAAAGGAUGCUGUGCAUGUGAAGGUUCCACCUGAACCAGGAAAUACAAGGUGGAAUAGCUGGUUUGAAGCAGUGCGGUUCCAUGCUGAACAUGUCCACCUGUACAAGGAGUUUUUCCUCAGCUGAAAAGUCUUCUGCCCAGGCUGUGAAAAACAUCCUUGAUCUGGUGGAAACAGAUGAAAGCAAGAAACCCUUCAAAUGAAGCUGACAUUCAUCUCUGAAGGGUGUGGGAAACUGGUCAGAGCCCUGACAGUUUUGGAGGGCACCCACACUCCUACAGCAGUCUCUGCCUACAACAU